CCCCACCGUUGACCACUCGACUCACCCACACUGGCUGCUUACAUCACCGCCAACCGAGCUCAACAUCCAUCCCCCGCGAUCAUCCUUUAUUAACGAAUUCAUGUUAGCCUAAUACAGGUGCAGCUUCAACCCUACACCUCAUCGUCUUGAUACCUAAACCUUCUGAAGAAUGGCGACCAACGUCGUGGUGAUAGCCACCGACCUACGGCGAGCUACUAUCAAAGUCAACCCUGGAACCUACCUUAUUGAUGUGUUGGAGGAAGCUUGUAGAAGACUUAACCUUUCCAGUGAUAAAUAUCUUGUCAAACACCGACAAAAAACAGUAGAUUUAUCUGUUCCCUUCCGAACUUCUGGUCUGUCACCAGGCGCAAAACUUGAACUUGUCCAAAAGUCGAAAACACCUUCUGCUAUCCAAGUCGCCCUCCAAGUUCCUCCUCCCGAGGGCCGCGAAAUACCCGGUGGCCGGUUAAUUCAAAAAUUCCCCAGCGAUCUCACCAUAUGGAAGGUUCUACGCCAGUUCGAGAGCGGAGAGGCCAGCAAUGGAAGAAACAUCAAUAUUACCGGCCGCGGGAUUGCGCAAAUGAGUGGUGAUACGGGGAGUGGUAGUGGACAGCUUUACUAUGAAACACCUGUUCUCAACAUUAUGGGACGAGAGCUUUCAACCUUUGUCGAUUUCCAGAAGACACUAUCGCAACUAGGAUACAACUCAGGGAAUGUCCUAAUUAGAUUGGACUACCGAAAGACAGACAAGACACUGUACGAUGCAAUGACAGAAAUUGGUCAGUUCUUCAAAGAUACCGAGGAUGAAGGCCUGAAGGCAGAAGUGCCAGCUGCAAAGGUAGAGCUUGCACCAGAACAAGGGGUACAGAAACCAGAAGAGCAAGCACAAAGGGAGACGGAGGACUCACAGAUGACGGAUAAUCAAGUAGAACGGACACAUGACCCAGCCCCCAUUCAACAAGAAACAGAGCCCAAGGCUGCUAAUGAGGACAACAUGGAUAUCGACUCUUCUCAGCCCGGGGAUCCUCUGGCACCUAUCAACGUUUUCCUUGCCCCUUCAGGGUCAACACCUGCUGCAGCCUUGACUCCUGCUACCGAUGCUGACUUUGCCCCUACAAUUGCUCAUGCGCAACUUCAUCAAGCUCGGCUUCAGGGGGAUUCGAGGAACAAGCGUCUGCUAUCAGACCGCGAAUUGGAAGAGAAGGCUGCUGCAGAGGCCGCAAGGAUCAACGCAAUUAAGUCUAUUCUCGUCAAAGUCCGAUUUCCGGACAACACAAGCAGCGACUGGGAAGUAAGUCCCUCUCACAGUGGCCAGUUCCUCUACGAUGCUGUUCGGCACGUUAUGGCCCAUAACAACCAACCUUUCCAUCUUGUUCUUCCCGGGACCAAGAUUGUGAUCAAGGACGAUCCAAGCCCCAGCAACGGAUUGAUCAAGGCGUAUAAACUGUCUGGGCGUACCUUGAUUAACCUGGUCUGGGAUGAUGCUGUACCAUCAGCCGUACGAAAGGAGCCAUUCCUCAAGGCCAACAUUGCUCAAAAGGGCCAGCGGGUCAAGGUGCCUGAGCUCAUCGCUUCGAAUGAUCAAGAAGAGGAAGUACCUCUUGCUCGGCCAGCACAAGCAGAGAAGGGUGAGGGCUCAGAAGAGAAGACUGGCAAGAAGAUACCCAAGUGGCUCAAGCUGGGCAAGAAAUAGACAAUAGUGGCAGUUUAGAAACGUUACGGUGUUCGCAUUAAUGAUCAUUGGUGGCGUUGGUUUAAGGGGGCUUUUUCAUAGCGCAAAACAGCGAAAUCCAUAGGUUAUGAAUACAUAUUGCAUUCAACGGAUUUAAGUUCGAAAACAAAGGGGAAGCGUCACUUAUCACGAAAGACAGAUUGGAACAUGGCUUGAUCAUUACGCCAUAAGUCUCUUGAAAGUGUUG